AGAGCUGCUUUUGCUUGCAAUCAAACUGGUUAUCCUUAAAUAAAUUCGCAUUUUAUUAGCACAUUGCUUUAUGUUUGAUCACAUUAGACUAGCUCUCAAGUGGCACGACAAAAAGGUUUGCAUCAACACUGGCGUUUCGCACUCUUACAGUUACUAUUUUCCAAUCAUUCGCUCGGUCAAUGUCGUCGGUGGAGUAGGAUUUCUGCGCAUCUUGAACUCGAAAACUCGCUAACGAGGAGUACGUUUUGGGAGAAAGUCAUAUUAUUUGCUCCUGCAUGUGUGUGUUUCUGUGUGUGUUUUGCAGCCUGGAGCAUAAAAAACAAACUGAACGACACAUAAAAACAAUCCAAACGCAAGUUACGCAAGUGACCUGAAUUUUAUUGGAGGGGAUGCAAUAAAAUGGUGGAAAAUUCUGGUAAUAUUUUAGAGAAGUUAAGUGUCCGGAGUAAAACCAGUUUGGAGAAUUUCUUCUACAGAUGGGGAUUUACUGUGGCCACCCACCCUGGGAAAUUUGUGUCAAUUUGUGUGUUGGCAACUGUGCUCUUUGGCUCUGGAAUUAUUUUGAUCAAAGAGGAGAGCCGCCCUGACAAACUUAUCCUUCCUGCAACUGCCGAGUAUGCAGUCAAUACUGAAUGGAUUCGGUCCAAGGUUGCAAUUCCACUACGAGAAAACUAUGCAGGCAUCGUUGCUGAUAAUGUCCUCACGCCAGAGGUUAUGAAAGUAUUAAUAGAUUUACAUGAAAAAGUUAAAGCUGUGUCAACCCGUGAUGGGAAAACUUGGAGUGACGUUUGCUUCAGAGUACCAGUGACAAAAAUUGAUCUCGGAGAAGAAUCUCUACGCAGAAAACGGAGAGAGGCCAAUAAUUCAGACGCUUCUGCCACUAUUUCUUCCAGUGGUUCUCAUAAUGAUUGGGAUAGUGCCUUUGAUGACGACUUCUUUAAAGAAUCGACCGAAGAAGAUGUCAAACCAAAGCAGUGGACAGUGUAUCACAGUAUUCCGGAAAGUUUGUACUGUUCGAUUAUUGACACUUUGGAAGAAGCGUGCUUGGAAUCCAACCCUGUAGAGUUGUGGUCGUACGACAAAGACGUAAUUUACAAUUUGACACAAGAAGAAAUCAUUCGAGUAUUUAACCAUGAAAUCAUUAGUCCAGUUUUUGGGAGGAAGACAAAGUACAAAAUGGAGUUGGGUGGCAAAAUUGAGAAGAAUGAGAAGGGCGAAAUUAUCAAGGCGGAGUCCCUGUUGAUGACGUGGGAUGUGAAAGUUGACAUUACUCAAGAGAUGAUAACUGAUACGCAAGGACUCGUUGGAGACGCGGCUGGGCUGGAGUGGGAGAAAGAAUGGAUUAAAUCUAUGAAAAAAUUCGCAAAGGAGAUGCCCAGUGGAAUUAAGUUGCACUUUUUAAACGCAGCAUGCUGGGGAGAUAUUUUGGAUGAGACGCUGAUUCAAGAAGGAAUAGUUCUCGUUUGUGGAUUCGGAAUUAUGUUUUUGUACGUAGCAAUGAUGCUUGGAAAACCCAAUAUGAUAGAACAACGCCCAUUCUUAACAUUGGCCGGGUUGGGAUCCAUUGCAUUUUCUCUAAUAAUUGGCUGCGGGUUCUGUGCAUUUCUUUCGUUCCCUUUCAUGACAUUAAAUCGGGUCAUGCCGUUUUUAAUAUUAGGUAUCGGCAUUGAUGACAUGUUUGUGAUAAUGCAAUGUUUUAACAACUUGGAUCAACAUGAUUCACUGAAAAAAACGAAGAUGGGCACAAUCCCUGAGCGGAUUGCAUUGACGCUGAAGAAUGCCGGAGUCAGCAUAACAUUGACGUCACUUACUGACAUCGCAGCCUUCGGCGUUGGAUGUUUGUCUACAAUUCCCAGCCUUCGAAGUUUCUGUUUGUAUGCAGUUGUCGGGAUAUCGGUGCUCUUCAUUUUUCAAUGCACUUUGUUUGUCGCUUGUCUGGCAAUCGAUCAAAAGCGGUUGGAAGAGAGACGAAAUGCUUUCCUAUUUUGUAUCCAAUAUGAAGAGGACAAAAUUCCAAGGAGUUCCACAAAAAAUUAUGACAAAGGACUCAUACAAAUGUUUUUUGACAAAAUUUUGUCAAAGUAUUUGCUAACCAAGACUUCAAAGGUGAUAGUGAUAAUUUCGACGGUAUUUCUGCUAGCAUCAGGAAUAUAUGGAAACGUACACCUAAGGCAGCACUCGGAUGCUCUUUGGUUUAUACCUGAGGACUCGUACAUGGUGCAAUUCAUUCGAAUGUUCAACACCAACUAUCCAAAAAUCGGGUACCCAGGAUUAUUGGUAGCACAUGAAAUGAAUUGGACUGAAAGUUUGCCUAUUUUCGGAGAACUACUUGAAGAUCUUCAAGAAUCUCCCCACCUUCACGAAAUUAUGCAAUUCUAUACUUCACUCAAGGAUUUUGUUAUGGACGUUUACGAAAUUGAUUUGUCUGAGCAACAACUAAAUGAACAACAGUUUAGUACAUACAUGGGGAAAUUUCUGUGGAGUCCGUAUGGAGCCCGGUAUAAAUAUUUUUUCAAGCUGAACGAUACUUUCUCCUGUGGUGAAAGUUUACCUGAUAUUAAGACUGCCAUCGUGCCAUUCCACUUUAAACGAUUUAUAGACGGAUCUCAAGAACAUUUGACUGCAAUGAAUGCGAUAAAGAGCUUGGUUCGAAAUACUUCUCGAGAUGUAACAUUUAACAAAAACUCUGGGGACGAAGGACGAGUAUUCUUUUGGGCCCAAAUCUCAAUUGCGUGGGAGGUCGAUGAGAUCAUUAAGGCAGAAAUGUACAAAAAUUUGGCACUGUCCAUGGGCUGCGUUAUGUUGGCUAUACUGAUACUGUUAGCCAAUUUAAAAAUGUGUCUCCAAUGUGGGAUUUGUGUUAUUAUAACAGUAAUUGACGUGUCGGGUUUUAUGCAUUUUUGGGGACUCAGCAUAGAUAGUGUGGCGUGCACAAUUCUAGUACUAUCGGUCGGCCUUUCUGUAGAUUACGCAGCUCAUAUUUGUCUAGCCUUUAUGGAAAGCAGGAAAGGUUCCAAAACGGAAAGAGCACAGGACGCCUUGCGAACAAUUGGUCCAGCCGUGUUCAACGGUGGCUUCAGUACAUUUUUAGGCGUAAUUCUUUUGAUUAAUGCACAAACCGUGGCUGCAUUCUCAUUUUUCAAGAUUUUCAGUCUCGUGGUCGUCUUUGGAUUAUUUCAUGGAUUAAUAUUUCUGCCCGUUCUGUUGAGCUUGUUUGGAUCUGAGCCAUCUUUGUUAGAAAAGAAAGCCAGGCACGAAAGGAUAUCCGGAGGAGAAAGCAACUGUUCAAAGUUGCUUGAAAUGCAUUCUUUAGCUGAAGGAGGUCAUCUAGAGGAAAUGGCUUCAGACCAGUACUGCACUGAUGUAAAGAGCGGUUUGAAAAAUGGAUAUCCGCGCUCUUAAUUGUAAAUAUAUUUUCGUCGCUCGUUUAAUUAUGUAACUCAAUUAAGGAAAAGUAAAAAAAAAUUUUGUUGACCUAAAAUUAAA